UUUUACUUCUUCACAACCAUCAAUUUCAUUCAUAAAGCAUCAAAUCAACAGGCUCAUAUACAUCUUGCUCUCUUACAUUCUUCGAUCUUCAAUUUCAUCAACAGUAAAUGGCUUCGCUGAUACUUCUCUUUUCAGAACUUGUUCAGAAUCACGAGUGGAAUGCUGCAGCUCUGUUAGCAGCAUAUCCUCCCUCUUCUUAUUCAUCUUGUUGUGCUGCUGCAAGAAAACCACUGAAAGAUUAUGAGGGUGGCAUCAUGGAGCAGGAGCAGAACAGCCAGAAAACUGAAGAGGUGGUGAUGACAGAAAAUCCAAUGGAAUCGAGGGUGUCUCUGGAUUUUGUUUGGCCUUGAAUCUUUGAUUUACAGCCAAGUAGUUGCAGUACUGUAAAUUGCUAUUAGUUUUAUGCACUUUGUUGCGUGAUGAAAAUUGAUCUUGUGACAAUUUUGCUAUGUUCAUGUGCUAUUAGUGCAUCUUAAGAUCUUUUAAUUUCCAAUAUCAUAUUCAUUUUGAUUUGUUCGAUUA